UCCACUUUCAUUGUACUUUUUUAUAACAGUAGUAGACAAACAAAUAAAGGCGAAAACCACUACCACCAUGCUCAGCGACAUGGAAGGGAUUCAAAAUGCCGGUAGGCUCAUCGAGCGCGCACGGGCCGAGGAGUCUCCGGAGGGGAAUCCCCUUGUCGCUGCGCGUUCAUAUAUCGAUGCAAUGGAAAUCGUCGUAUCGACAGCCUCAAAAUACGCUGCCGCAAUGGACAAUUUGGUGAGUCGGCGGGCGUUUCUUUUUCAAAUGCGAAGCCGCGUGGAGUUGUAUUACGAGCGUGCGGCCCUUCUCCUGCAAGUAGCUGCUGAAUUGGACUUGCCGGACCUGCCCGAUCCCGGCGAUGAGCUACCGGGUUUACCGCCUCCGCUCUACGGCGAAAUUGAUGAAUUCAUCCCUGCCGAAAAUUCAUCAAAGCGAGAGUAACUUUGUACCGCGAUUUCGUAGUUGUUGGUUUCGUUGAUGAUAUGGAUAUAAGUUAUCACCCCAUCGAACGUGGCCUACAGGUGAUCCAGGUCGCAUGAAAUCACACUGGUAUCCGAAACUUCAAGAUGCUAGGUACUGUUUGAGCUUUGUGGUGGUUAUCAUUUAUUCCCCUUUCCCUGGUGCUCAUUAUAAUUUUGACUCCUAUUUAUCCAUUUGAAUUGAUAGCGUAAAAACAGGGAGGGUAAACACAUAUUCCAAAGGAAGGCGCACAAUAUUGGAUGGAAUAACAUAUUGAACUAAUAGCCUCGUUUUAUAGGCAUCGGGGAGGUUGCACUUUAUUUGUGGUUUUAUUUCUGCUUUACAGGUUUGUCUACUCUUUUCUUUGAGAUGUAACAGAGAAAGAGAAUUCUGUCAUACCGACACACAGUGCUUGGGUUGGUUUUGCGUCCCUCAUCUGACAAUCGUGCGUGCUGACACGGGAUAGUAGGAAGGUAGAUCCUGUGA